AUUACUAGGCUAAAUUUCGAUGUCCAUAUUUACAACAAUCAGGAUGUCAAGCUGAAGUGAAAUUUGUUUAUUCGUCAGCGUUAAUUCACGCGUAAUGUAAAAUUGUAGUUAAUGUAAAGAGUGUUUUAUUUAGUUUUACAUAUUCUUUUUACUGUUACAGUGAGUGUUAAAAUGAACGUUAUGGCAGUUGAAGUGAAAUAAUGACCUCAAAAGUAAGCUAGGGCUAUUUUGUCCCCUAUUACUAUUUUUAAUCCCUCCGAAGACUUAAAUCCGAUAGCAAGCAUCAGCUACAAAUCUGAGGAUUAAACAUUUUGAAAUAUUUUUAGUCUUCAUAUGAAAUGGAUUACCGUUGGCAAUGUUUAAACAACAUGGAUUUCGGUACCCCUUGGUCACUUAUUUUUUACCGACCACAAUAGAAAGUGGUCAUCCUAGCUUUUAUCUUAUGGGCAGCAAACAGUUAAAAUACUGUGAGUGAAACAAAUAAAACUGAAAAUGUGUACAAAUAGCCUCAUGUAAAUAUAUCUUCUUACAGAUGUCAUCUAAUUCAGCUGUAAAACCCUCCUUAAACAAAGCGACAGCGGAUUUGGAAAUGACGGCCAAGGAGAUAAUGAAUGAGAGAGAAAGAGAUAGAGAUGAAGCACCAACAGAAUCUCCGGAGGCACCGGACAAGGUUCCAAGAACCAAGCCGGAGCGCCAAUACUCACGGAAAGAGCUGAUUGAGCUGAUGACACAUCCUCUUUCAAGUGUUAAACACCCUUGUCUUGAAUCUCCACAAAACAAGUCCCUGGUCUCAGGAAGGGCGAGUGUGCGGUGGCUUGAAGAUCGUUGGGAUCACCGCAAACACACAGACUCCCUUACUGAUGAGGAUAGACCUGAACAGUCCUCCGACCCUCAGAAGAAAAAGAUAAAUGACCCAAAGGCCGAACGGUUGCGCAAGGAACAGGAUGUGGUGCUUAGUCCGCAACGCAGAAGCUUCAACUCUGGCUGCUUUGUGAACUUGCCACCUCAGCACAGCGGCCCUGCCAACCGUCGGCCUGAGAGUCCGAGUCCGCUUAAAGGGGAGAGGGAGCCAACUCAUCGAGAGCUUCCUGUACGGAGGAUUGGUAGUGGUCGUAUCAUCCGAGACCCUGUGUGGGACUUCCGAUCAGGUGAUAAGGAGGAGGUGACUGGACAAAACAUCAACAAUCAUGACUUUAACUUUCGUCAGAGAGAUGACAGGUUUGAGAGGAGAACAUACGAGAGGAACCAUGACAAAGAAAGAGUGCAACAGCGACCCAGAUACAACAAUGACCGCAGAAAGUACGAGAGGAACGAGCCUGAAGAACCCGAGUGGUUUUCUGGUGGACCGACAUCUCAACAUGAUACCAUUGAGUUGCACGGUUUUGAUGGACCAAUUGAGGAGAAGAUAUCACCAAACAAGAAGCAAAAUAAAAAUAAUAAAAAUAGUGUUAAAAACAACCGAAAAGUUUCUGAAACUAUAAACAGUAAAGGUGAGAAUUUCCAGAGUGGGAAAAAGAACCCCAGUCGUAAGUCCUCACCAAAGCUUCAUGAACAUAACAGAUUGUCAUCUUCUCCGAUUGAAGGCAAGCAUUCAGAGCCAGGAAAUUCCAAUAUGAAGACAUCAAGCGGAAAACCUGAAUGUGUUUUUGACAUCGAAGACAUUCUCAACUUUGACUCUUUACCUCCUUUACUCUCUAUGUCCAAUGGGUGUGUGGACGAGGGAAGUGGGUCGAGGUUCAGCCAAUUCUUUCGCAGAGAAAGUCCCUCUCCUAAGAACCAAAGGCAAGAAGACAGUCCUAACUCUUCGGUUCACGAUAAGAUGUUUAACUCCAUGAUCAAUGACAUAACCAGCACAAACAUAAUGAUUCCCCCUGAUGGAGACACAUACUUUGCUCCGAUUUCUCCCGCAGCAUCUUCAGUAAAGGAGGAACCUAAAGGCUCGUCCCUGUUGGAAAUGUUGCAGCGGGACUAUGUACAAGGUUUUCCAGGUCGGAAGAUCACCAAGAAGCCAUCUCUUAGAGACCUGGAAGCUUGCGGAAAGAUUCAUAGUGUAGAAGAAUUAGAGGCUCGUUUGCGUAAAGAACAAGGCCUAGGGAAACCUGUGGACUACAAUCAACCAAGGAAUAAAGAAGAAGAAUUACAAGCCUUUAGAAAACUGAUUAUGAAUAAGCAAAUGCAGAACAUGCAAGAUCAGAAAGCUUCACAUGCAAAUGUGAGUGGCACGUUCCAAAACCAGCAGUCACAACAGCAGUCUCAGCAGCAGCCUCAACAACAUGGUAUGAACCAACAACAGCAACAACAGCAGCAGCAACAACAAAUGCCGAUUCCUCAUGAUUUGGUUAUGAAACUGCUGCAUGUUCAACAGCAACAGAGACAGCAAGAAGUGUUUGCUAAGUUGUUGGCUCCUCCAUCUCGGCACCCAGCGGGGCAGUUCUCUGUCCCCCCGCCUGUCCCUCCGCUCAGCCCAGAGCUGCAGAUGCACAUGAACAACACUCCACCCUCCAAGGAACUGCUUCAGCGACCGGAGGCUCAAACUAUUAUCAGAAGUUUAAAAAGAGGAGAAAUAACCAUUAUGCACUUGAUGGAGCAACUGAAAAGGAACACAUCAAUGCAGCCAGUUCAUCGAGAGAUGAUUGCCAGUAUUAUUAAAUUGCACGGGAUGCAGUCUGGUCAGAGAGAUCCCUCGCCUGGUCUAGCUCCUCCCUCGACUGCAGAGCAAAUGCUGCAGCAGAUGCUGCACAAUCAGCAGUCCCAUCAUCAGCAACACCAGCUGCGAAUACCUUCUCCUCAUGGCAACACAUUUGGACCUCCUCCUGUUGUUUCUCCAAAUUUACCCCAAAACACGACUAACACACUAACUAUCCAGCAUCCCCAUCCAGUGCUGCAGAGAGUACCUUCCCCCCGAGAGUUGGUCGCUCACACCCAGAACAUCCUCCAGAAUGCUCUUCUCAAGAAGAAACUGGAGGAGCAGAAAGAAAACUUCAGAAAAAGACAGGAAAUGCAGAGAUCACAUUCACCUAACAUACCAGCUGCUGGAUCUCUGUCUCCAGCCAACCAGCAACCAAGUACUACCUCUCCCACUCCUCUGGCAUUCACUCCCACUUCUGUGUUGCGCAAAAUGACAGCUGACAAAGAAGCUGAGCUCAACUCCAAACAGCAGCAGGGCCAACAACCAGACACUUCUAUGCAGCCUCCCAAACAAGGGAGAGCAAUAGUGAAAGGGGGAAACAACAACUUCUCAGUCCCACCUCCCAUAGUUCCUCCAAUGGAUUAUUCCAACAUGCCACCCCAAUACAAGGGACAGCGCACCAACCCUCAGCAACAUAUGUUGGGGCUGAUGGGUAUGAAUCGUAACAACCCUCCAAACCCUAGAGUACGCAACAUGGGUAGUUCCAACAUGAUGCCUCUUCAGCAGCAAGGUAUGAACCAGUCAGUGCAACAACUGCUGAUGAACCACAACUACAACAGUCCUCAGCAACGCAACAACUCCCUCCUUAAACCAGAUCAAGGGCUGAUGAGGAGUGGACGUAACUACAACUACAACUGCGGGGAGACCCAAGAGCAGGUCAACAACCAACUGGCUCGUUGGUUCUCUCCGGAACUGUUGGCUCAGGCUAGAGAAGGAAAGCUGCCACACAUGCCUCCUCUCUCCCCCACUCAGAACAUGCUCAGUGUAGAAGAGCUGGAGCGACUGCAGCAAGCUGUACAUAACUAAUUGUCCACUUUGUAUAACAAAGUUGUUGUUUUCAUUUCUUUCUUAAAAUCACUCUUGUUAUUUAUUUUAAAUAAUUACAUGUUUUUGUCAUCUGGAUCAUUUUUAAUUAGUUUUAUAGUUUUUAUGAAUUAUCUUAAAGAUCAUAUUUACAAGACAUCUAAUGUACGAUCAUUUUUAAUAAGACUUUAAUUAGUUGUACAAAAUAUAGUUUUUUAUGAAUUAAUUACCUCAAUUAUAAUUUUUACAAGACAUGUAAUGUACUUUAUAACUUUACAAUCAUUUUCACAAUUUCAUUUAUCAUUAUUUCGUUGCAUUUUUUUACAAUUUAUAUUCAUGAAGAUAAAUUGAUUAUAAAUAGCACGAAACGGAUCACUGUUCUCAAUGCAAACAUUUAUUUUUUUAUGUUUAUGUUACUUAUCUUGAAUGACAACAGUACAAAAUAGCUAUUCAAUUUGUAAUGGGUCAUACCUAUUGUGCAACUGUCUAUAAUUAUGUAUUGUUAUCAUCAGACUUAAAUAGAAUACCAAGGUUUACUGGAAUAAUGUGAACAAAGUGUAAUAAAUCUAAUUUGUUGCGCUUAAAAGUUUACAAUAGUUAAGAUUAGUCUGUUGCUUAUUACCACUACCAAGUAGAUGGUUUUAACGCUUUUCAAAUCUCCCCUCAAAACACAUUAUAUUUAAUGUGACUUCAAAAAGGUUAUCUUACAAAAGAUCAUUUUAACCAUCAUCAGUGAUUGAAAUCUUUUAUUUAUUGUAAUUUCUCCUGUAUAUAAUACUAAAGAUAGGCCAAGUGUUAGGGUAUGCAUGAGACAGUGAGGUAAACAUUGAUGAAAUAAUUAAAAGUGGCUGUGAAUUAUGGGUGUUAUGUAUAAUACAUGUAUAUUUUGGAUGAAUGAGGAAUUUGUCUUCGGUUUCAGUCCUGACAUAAUGUUACAAGGUACGGUACUUUAGUAACUUAACAUGUUACAAUUUGGUGAGGAAUAUUGUAGAUCUUACAAAACAAAAAAAAAGAACUUUUAUGUGAUUAAACUCUAUUUGUAUAUGUUUGAAAGCUUUGUAUGUAAUAUAAUUGAAGAUUAUUUUAGUUGAUUAAGUCAAUAAAGGUUUAACUUUGA